CAGUGUUAUUGAACGUGAGCUCAAAUUCAGACAAUUUAUAAAAUUGAGAGCAAAAGAGACGACGAAACGGAUGAUUCUCCGAAUUGUUGGGAUCAGUGAACCAACUUAUUAUGAGUGGUGCAAAAUUGAUGACCAGGAACUGCCGUUCAUUACAGUUUCAAGAGCUGGAGGGCGUGAUAGGAUCACAGAACCAGAGGACGACCAAUCACUCAGAGACGCCGCACUGGCCAACAACUGGGGUAAUCUGAAUGAGUUGAGACAACUGCCGGAAAUUCAAGGCAAUGCAAACAUUGCUGCUGCAAGUGGUCGUACCCUUAGGAGGCGAUUAAGUGAUCAGGGCGUCAGACAUCGUGUUGCAGCCAUCAAAGAGCGGCUGCGAGAUUUCCAUAAGGAAAGGCGACUCAUUUAUGCCGAACAGUUUGUUAACUGGACACUUGUGGAUUGGUCUCGUGUCAUAUUCAUUGAUGAAUUUGGGAUAUCCACUGGAGAAGGCGGUCGUGUUUGGGUUUGGCGUACACGAGGCACUCGAUAUGAUGAGCGAAACAUCAGAUUAAUUCAGAGAACACAACGAUUCAGUGUCUCAUUCAUUGCGAGUUUCCACGGAAUUGGGCCCAUUUAUCGACUCAAUCGUUUGACAAAAGAGUCAUAUUCAGACUAUUUGGAAAGUUCAAUUCUCCCUGAGAUUGAUAGACAUUUUGAUGACGGGAACGUGCAUUUAUUGCAUGACAAUCAUCCCGUUCACAAAUCAAAUUUAGUCAGGGAUUGGAUUAACGAGAACAUCGGUCCCAUCGAGGACUUCGUUCUACCACAUCCAGGUCUCAGCCCUGAUCUAAAUGCGUGUGAAAAUGUUGGCGCAAUGAUUAAGAAUUUGGUUCGCACUGAGCGCCAGGCCAUUGAGUCAGAGGACCAGUUGUGGGAAGCG